UUUGAUGUGCGAAUAAGAAAAAAAAUUUCGUACACACAGUUAAUAUCAUUUUUCGAGAAAAAAAAAUGUGUCUCGUAAAUAUUCAGACGUUAUGUGUAGCGGCGCACCAUAGUCCAACAACAACAAGCAAGCAAGACAAAGAGAGCGGUUCAAUGUGACGGCAUUAGGUAUUGUUAUUGUAUACGAAAACCAUUUUUUGAGUCUAUUGUUUAUCAAAUACACCCAAAAGUGAGUGUGUUAUACAACAACGGUGCCACUCUACGGGCGAUUCAUAUUUGACCGAGAACACGACUUAGCACUGAAACCGUUUAACGGUUUUCUCCUUUCUCUCUCUAUCUCUCACUCUCUCUCUUUUUCGCUGUGUAUAUUUGGUGCCCGAUGGUAAACAAAUCAGUUCGAUCGGAGUUUAGUAUCAUCACAUUCUAUCAUUCCGGUACACGCGUUUUUUUUUGUUGCACAGAUUCUAUCUUAAGGGAAAUUUGGGCAAGCAAGAAAUUCGUUUUGAUUUCAAACGACGAAAAUGCGUUCAUUGCAAACGACAUUGGUGGUGUUUGAUAGCUCAAUUAUGGAUCCGGACACGUUUAAAUUGAUUCGAAAACUGUGCGCUGAAUUCCAACUGCCGGUCGACAUCGAAUUCACAUGCUAUGAAGCAUACAUGAAAUAUUUCAAACGUUUUUUCCCCGAUUUGGAGACGCAAUUCAAACAGACGACACUUGAAUCAAAUGGUGCAACGACGACGACGACAAAAAUCCAGCAGACGAGUCAAUUGAUCGACCAUGUAUUGGAUGGUGUGGAAAAAACAUCGUUAUUACAUGUGAUGGCAUUGAUAUCAAUUUGUGCCAAGUAUGUGAAUGGGUUUCGAUGUGAAAAACUAUUCAGCAGCCUAUCAAAGUAUUUGCAACUCAAUGGCACCCCAUACAGUACACGUGAAAUCAGGAAUACCGAAUACAUUGUGUUCAAACUGUUGGGUUUCAAUAUUAAAUCGUCGGAAUUAUAUUCGGUGGCCAUAGACUUGGCAACGCAAAUCACAAAUCGAAAUCACGAACUCGCCAUUCGUUUCGACCAGCUUCAUGACAGCUGUGUUCAAAUGCUCCGUUUCAUUUAUCUGUAUCGCAAGAAAUUCAAUGAAAUUUUUCAUUAUGUGGAACAAAGUACAUACGGAUACAAUGGGAACGAAGAGUUUAAAUUGGGUGCAGCCACUGUGUAUGCAUCAACGAUGCUCAUCAAUUCAACGUGCGGAAAUAGUGUUCUCAACGAAAUUGUCAAUCGAACGUACUUGAACGAGUCACUUAUACGAAAACUUGGCCAAUCUGGUUUAAGGAAUGUAUUGAUGAAUAAAUACGCUACGAAUAUCGAAGAAAAUGCAAUUUUAAAAAGUUCGCUGUUUUUCUGCUCUACAUAUCCAAGUUCAUGGUUGCCAACCUAA